CGUAACCUACCAUCAGAGGAAUUAAAACACAAAAAUAAAAUUAACUCAACAUUUUUAUCACCCUUGACGAGAAUAAAAAUAAUAAUAACCCGAGAACAACUGCACGAUGACGACAUCAUCGAGUGCACCUUUCCGAAUAAAUUGCAGUGACUGAUUCACCUCGAUGUACUUUACAAUCGGAUUGACGACAAAAAGCCCAAAACAUUGAAUUGGUUAAAAAAAAUUGAAAUAGUGAAAAGAAAUACGAAAUGGCGUAUCGCGGGGUAAAGGGCUCCGAUCCAUUUGUUUCGAAAACCUCGAGGAAUGAGCGUUUUGCCCAAAUGUCAAAGCAGGAGCAAAUAAUACAGCAGAAGAAAAUGGAAAUACAGGCGAAAAUGCAGGAGAUGAAGAGCAAACAAGCCAGUGAGAGUGUGAAAAAAAGUUCAGGGAACAGUGGAAAUAGUACGGGGAAAAAUAAUUCUGCAGUCAAGAAAGAGGACGAGAAACCGGUGCCCCAGCCCACCGUCAAUUUAUUUGCCAACGACGGCAGUUUCCUAGACCAAUUCAAGAAAAUAGCGCAUAAAGCCCCAGUAAAGCCAGAGGUACCCCAGAAGCCCGAGGAGAAACGAGAAGAGAGACCAGAGCGUUCAGAUCGAAGUGAUCGUCCAGAGAGAGUCGAAAGAACGUACGAGUCUCGAGAGAGACGAUGGAAUGGCGAGAAAAAUCGCGACUGGGAGAGACGAGAGAGACGUAGGAAUGAGACACGAUGGGGCAGAAGUUCGGAGCGUCGAAGAAGUUCCUCUUCAAGUCCAUCGCCCCCCAGACAUCGUUCCUCACCCUCUCCCGAUGCCAGAAAACCCGUUUACCACCAGGUGAACGGACCUCGUCCUCAGUUCCCUCCCCAAUGCCUCCAGAAUCCCCAGACCACUGCCAUUCCUCCUCUGGUGCCUCCUCCAAUGAUACAAAUGACGAAAGUACCACCACCUACCCUGAGAACCAUCAAUCCUCCUGUUAAUGUCCCUACAGCUCCUCUAGUUCAAAUGGAAACUCCCAGGAUGUCCCUUCCUCCUCCCCACAUGAUCAGACCACCACCACCAACCAUCAGACUGCCCCCAGCUGUUCCAAACACAACUGUUCCACCUCCCAGUAUUCCCAUGCAAAAUCUCACACAAGUUCCACCGACUCCUCAUCCCCUGGUUCCCCAGAACUGCGGAGGAAUGAGCAAUCUGGCGAUGCAGGGCAGCAUCCCCACCAAUAUCCCACCUAAUAUCCCCCCAAAUAUUCCAACGAAUGUUCCACCUCCGGCACUUCUUCCACCGAUGACCCAGAUGCCGCCAAAUAUGGUCGGAAUAAAUCCCCUGGUAACCACAUCAGGUGCCAUCGGUGUGGGAAAUGUUCAGACUGUUCCUAAUGUUCCUCCACCAUCUGUUCUACCACCCAUCAUCAUCUCUGGACCACCACCAGUCCAUGGUGUUGGUGGAAUCAAUUCUGUUCCAACGGUACCACCACCGAAUCUUAAUAUUCCACCGCCUAGUGUGCCACCUGGAAUUAUUCCAGGAAAUACAGGUGCAGGGUGCAUCCUGGGGCCCAGAUUCCCAGUGGCAAAUGUCCAGGUGCCACCGCCGGUCAGACCACCGGGCUCCAGCAUUGCUCCUGAUACGGCUCGUAACUGUCCGGUGGAAGCUGAGCAAUUGGCUAGAAUAGUCGCUGACUGUGGUGAUGCUAUUGAGCAAGAAGUACGCGAGAAGAAUGCCCAAGAUCCUAAGCUAUGGUUUCUGCACCAAAAGCAAAGUGCAGCGUAUCUGCAGUACAGGGGAUUGGUGGCCAAAUUUCGUGGUGAAAAGGCUGAUAAAAAUGGGAGUAAGAAGGGCACUGGAGCUGAGCCGUACUGCCCAGAAGAGGCUCUCAGCGACAAUGACGAUGUCGAUAAAACGACUAACAGACCGUCAUCACAAAGUGAUAUGUCAAAAGAAGAAAGUAGGGAGGAACGAAAAAGAAAGCGACGAAGUCGCUGGAGUGGUCCAGAAAAUACCAUUCCUAUUCCUGGAGUGACAGUACCACCAAUUACUACUGGUGUACCUCUGACAAUACCGAUACGUCCACCAGGACUGGCUUUACUCGGCCAGGGGCUGUCCGUUAUGCCACCAAAAACCGAGAACACCAAAGGAAAAAAUCCUAUGCUCACAAAAGUCUGUAGAAAUGAUCCUGCUCUGAUCCAGUAUGCCAGACAGACAUUUGGCACGCUGGACCUCAGCGAGGAGCAGUGGAAAAAAGCUGAGGAUCAUUACAAGAUCAAUCUCCUGUAUCAGAAUCUACUGAAAAAACGUGAAGAAGUGAAACGUUUAGAGUCCCAGGGAAAACAUAAAUACGAAUACGACAGUGAUGAAGAGACUGAAGGUGGAACAUGGGAGCAUAAAAUAAGAUCAGCAGAGAUGGAGGCGACGCAAAUAUGGGCUGACGAAUUGACAGCUCAAGCCGAGGGUAAACAUCAUAUUGGUGAUUUUUUGCCACCUGAUGAGCUCAAGAAAUUUAUGGAACAGUACAGUGCCCUCAAGCAGGGAAAGGAGCCUGACCUCAGUGAUUACAAGGAGUACAAACUUAAAGAGGAUAAUAUAGGUUUCCAGAUGCUACAGAAAUUGGGCUGGAGUGAGGGCCAGGGGUUGGGCAGUGAAGGGAGUGGACGAGUCGAACCAGUGAACAAGGCGACUAGCAGACUUGACAGCGCUGGACUAGGGUCCGAGAGACCCGAUAACAUAUCACGGGAUGACGACGAAUUUGAUGCAUACCGAAAGAGGAUGAUGCUCGCAUAUCGAUUUAGACCGAAUCCUUUGAAUAAUCCACGAAGGCCUUACUACUGAUGCAGCUAAUCAUCAAAUGGUCGUGAAAUUUUGUAUAUUAAAUUCUUCAGCGGUAUCAAAUUUUCUAUCAAAGAAUCUAAGUGAGACAAUGCUAUUUUCUAUAUAUCGCAUAAUUGAAGUAUGUUUAUUUUAAAGAAUUAUAUCUGAUUAUGUAUAUUGUUGCUGGCACGUCCGUUGUCCAAUACAUAAAUUUGUUUAUAAA